UAAGAGUGAAGUAAACAGGAUAUUUCCCAACAACCGUCCGUUUUUGACUGUUUGAAUUAUAAAGUUUCCAAUCUCCUAUAAAAGCCUUCCUUCAACUCUUUCUCUCUGUCUCAAACUCAAACAAACAAAUCCUCUUCAUUUCCAAAAAAAAUAAAAAUGAAAGCAACACCAUCCACGGCCGUUGCUCAAGGCGGCAACGCCAGCAAUGACAAAAUCUCAACCAUCCAUCCCGACAUCAUCCAAUCCCAUAUCCUCACCCGACUCGACGGCCCUUCCCUCGCCUCCCUCGCCUGUGCUUCCUCUCAAUUACACGUUCUCUCUACCCAAGAAAAUCUCUGGCAAAACAUUUGUUCUUCCACGUGGCCUUCCGUUAAUCACGCUCGUGUGCUAGAAAUCAUCUCCACUUUCCCCUCCGGUCACCGUUCAUUCUUCUCCGAUUCUUUCCCGUUUCUCGAUCCCCAGCUGUCAAGGCUCGACGUCAACUCUUUCACUCUGCCAACGGAAUUAAUCUCAGCCGUUGAUAUUUACUAUCAAGACAAAAUUAUUUAUUCUAAAGUUGAAGAAACGAAAACGUCAAGCAGCUGGUUUUUGUGUUCACCGUUCCGGGUGGAUUUACUUGACCUGAAAGAUUCCGUUCCGACUUCGAUAAAGUAUUUUGGUGGCAGUAAAGACGACACGUGGCUAAAACAUUUGGAGGAGAACUUGAGUUUAAGCUGGAUAAUUAUCGACCCGACCCGGAAGAAGGCGGUGAAUAUGUCGAGUAGGAGAGCUGUUUCUGUGCAACGGCACUGGUUGACGGGUGAUGUGCAGGUGCGGUUUGGGAUGGUGAUGGGGGAAGAAGAACGGCGGGGAUCAUCCAGAGAGUUAGUGGACUGUAGGGUAGUGGUCACGUGCGGGGGAAAAGAAGGAGGGGAGACGCACGUGAGGGAAGUGAGUAUGGUGAUGGAGGACAUGGAAGGGAAAGGGUUGAAUGGGAAGGACAGUUUGGUAAUUUUGGAAGGGGUUAUGGAGAGUGGGAGGAGGAAGAAAGGGAAUGGAAAUGAAGGGAAAGAGAAGCAUGUGGAGUUUGAGGAGAGGAAAAGGCAGAGGAAAGAAAGAAUCCAAAGGAAAGAAAGGAUAUUUGAUUUGGUUUGCAUUACUGUUGGUGUUGCCUGUUUUGUUACAUUUUGGUCAGCAAUGUUGUUCAGGUAACAGCAUAUACAAAAAAUUUACAGGUUCAAGAUUCAGUUUUUCAUGAUUCUACCAGUCACUUUACAGAACA